UUCUCACAACUGUAUACCUUCAAUCCUUCCAAAAGAAAACCUACCCCCACCCGCCUUCUCCUUCACUCCCCUCUUAUCUAUAUAUCGCCUUUUCUUCUUCUGCUUCCCUUCACCAAGAAUAUCAGGAAAAAAAAUGUUUUUGAGCUUUGGGGUUUUUCUUUAUGUUUCUCUUUAGCAAACCUGGUCAUUUUCCCCCUUCUUUUUUAAAGCUAAAGAGGUUGGGUGUUUGAUAAAAUUAGUUUACAGGUGUUUUUGAAUUGUGGAUUUUUCGUUUUUGGGGGGUAAUACCCUGGGUUGACAAAUUGUCGACAUCACGGCUAUACACAGAGUUCACCGGCCUCUUAGUCAUGCCCGAACUGUACGACGUAAGAGUUGUGUGAUAGAGAGCAACCCUUCGCCGCACGGUGGGCGCGGAGCUUUGCCUUCUGAAGGCGGUAGUCCUUCCGAUCUCCUUUUCCUUGCUGGUGGUGGUCUUUUCUUUUAGAGUUUCAGUAGUUACUAUAACUAGCUUCUAGUAUACUUAGAAGGAAAAAAAAAGUGAAAAAAAAUUAUCAGAAAAGCUUAUUUAGAUCGCUCGUAAGGAAUAAAUUGCGCGUAAAAAAUAAGAAUUAGCAAGAUGAUGCUCAGGAUUAAGAGGGUUCCCACUGUUGUUUCGAAUUACCAAAAGGAUGAGACGGAAGAGACUGCUCGCCGUAGUGGCGGGUGUGGAAAGAAUUGCCUUAGGAGCUGCUGCAUUACAGGAGCAAAGCUUCCGUUAUAUGCUUUCAAGAAGCUGAAUAAGAUUGAUGCUGAAAACGACGUGCUUGCAAUUGAGGAGAAAGAACCCCCUGUUGCUUUUCUUGACUCACUCAUUCUUGGGGAGUGGGAAGAUCGCAUGCAAAGAGGACUCUUUCGUUAUGAUGUUACUGCCUGCGAAACCAAGGUGAUUCCUGGUGAAUAUGGCUUCAUUGCUCAGCUGAAUGAGGGCCGCCACCUUAAGAAGAGGCCGACUGAAUUCCGUGUUGAUAAGGUUCUCCAGCCCUUUGAUGGGAACAAGUUCAAUUUCACCAAGGUCGGGCAAGAAGAGGUUCUCUUCCAGUUUGAAGCGAGUGAAAAUGGUGAAGUUCAGUUCUACCCAAGUGCUCACAUUGAUGUUGAGAAUGCUCCGAGUGUUGUUGCCAUAAAUGUCAGUCCUAUUGAAUAUGGACAUGUUCUGUUGAUCCCUCGAAUCCUGGAAUGCUUGCCUCAGAGGAUCGAUCGUGAGAGCUUCUUGCUUGCACUGUAUAUGGCAGUUGAAGUCAGGAAUCCGUAUUUCAGAUUGGGUUACAACAGUUUGGGUGCGUUUGCUACAAUCAAUCACCUUCACUUCCAGGCUUACUACUUGGCUGUGCCUUUCCCCAUCGAGAAAGCUCCCACCAAGAAGAUAGCCACUUCAAAUGAUGAAGUGAUCAUCUCAGAGCUUUUAAACUAUCCGGUCAGGGGUCUUGUCUUUGAGGGUGGCGACACUCUUCAGGACUUGUCCAACACUGUCUCCGAUGCCUGCAUUUGCCUUCAAGAGAACAACAUACCAUAUAAUGUCCUCAUCUCUGAUUGUGGAAAGCGGAUCUUUCUCCUUCCACAGUGCUAUGCUGAGAAACAAGCUCUUGGGGAAGUGAGUCAGGAGCUUCUGGACACCCAGGUGAACCCGGCUGUAUGGGAAAUUAGCGGCCACAUGGUGUUAAAAAGGAGGAAGGACUAUGAUGAGGCAUCCGAUGAAAAUGCUUGGAGGCUUCUCGCUGAGGUGUCUCUCUCUGAUGAGAGGUUCUGUGAAGUGAAGGAACUUAUCUUCGAAGCCAUUGCCAAUGGCGAAGAUAGCAUCGAAAACACUGCUGAUACUAUGCUUAAGGAUCCUAUUGAAGAAAAGAACACCAUCCCCAAACGCUCCCACCGCACCAUGGUGGCCGGGACGCAAGAAUGUGUUGUUCAGCAGUAAGAGCCGGCAUUCCACAAAUAGAACCCUGUCCCUUCCACUUCCGGUUUCGACUAUGUACGUUUGGUGUAUACGACUGUGUAUGUAUUGUAUGGCACUGGUUAGCCUAAAUAAGCAAACAUAGUUUGCAGUGGCAAGGUUAUUGGACAUUGUGAAAACUGCAAUCUGCUUGUUGAUUUGGUGUUGUAUUUUGACUGGAGCAUGUAAAAUACCGUUAAUGUUGUGUAUUAGGAGCUAAUAAAUAAGAGUGCAUGUGAUUGUUGUGUGCUGUUA